AUGACAUUACCAAUUGGGAAAAGUUAAAAGAAACAAGUACUGCAGAACAAGACACAAAACCGUGUGGUAAUUGUUGUGUAAAAUUGAUUAAAAUUGUGUAUUUACACAAAGAAGAAAUAACUAUAGUAUAUAAAUACAUAGUCUUCCUUAUAAUUAUAAAGAAAAUACAAUAAUAACUCAAAAGUAUACCUUUCAUAGUCGCCGGUUUCCGCUAAAGCGGUCUAGAAGAAUCUGUACAACAAAAAAAAAAAAGAAAAACUUGUGUGUAAUCUAAAAGCGAUAAAAUGAAAUUCAUACUAUCCACACUUGUGCUAGUCGCUUUGGCUACAGUGCCCCUGCCGGCUUCUGCUUUAUAUUCUCCGAGCGAUGACGUGGUGGAAUUAACGCCCUCAAACUUCGACCGUCUCGUCAUCAAUGAUGAUGCUAUUUGGGUUGUCGAAUUCUUUGCGCCAUGGUGCGGUCACUGCAAAUCUCUAGUACCGGAAUAUAAGAAAUUAGCCUCGGCUCUGAAAGGUGUAGUUAAAGUUGGUUCCGUUAAUGCUGAUGAGCAUCGUUCAUUAGGCGGACAAUAUGGUGUUAAAGGUUUCCCAACCAUUAAAAUAUUCGGCACUAACAAACGUUCACCAACCAGUUAUAGCGGCCAACGUACAGCUAAAGCUAUUGCGGAGGCGGCACUUGCUGAAGCUAAAAAGAAAGUACAAGAUGUUUUAGGUGGCGGCGGCGGCAGCAGCAGCGGCGGUAGCGGUUCGGAUGCUGUCAUUGAGUUGACUGAUGACAAUUUUGACAAACUGGUUUUGGAAUCAGAUGAUGUUUGGUUGGUUGAAUUCUUUGCACCAUGGUGUGGUCACUGCAAGAAUUUGGCACCCGAAUGGGCUAAAGCCGCUAAAGAGUUAAAGGGAAAAGUUAAAUUGGGCGCAUUGGAUGCGACUGUGCAUCAAAGCAAAGCUUCGGAAUACGGUAUUCGCGGCUACCCCACCAUUAAAUUCUUCCCCGCCGGCAGAAAGAGCUCUAGUGAUGCCACCGAGUAUGAUGGAGGACGAACUGCUUCCGAUAUUGUCAGCUGGGCGCUUGAUAAACACGUUGAAAGUGUACCACCACCAGAAUUAUUGGAAAUUUAUGAUGAAACUUCCUUUGAUAAGGCUUGUGAGGGUAAACCACUUUGUGUCGUCUCCGUACUGCCACAUAUUCUCGAUUGUGAUGCUAAGUGCCGUAAUAAAUUCCUCACUGUACUCCGUGAAUUGGGUGAAAAGUAUAAGCAGAAACUAUGGGGCUGGGCCUGGGCUGAAGGUGGUGCACAAAGCGAUCUUGAAGAAUCCUUGGAAAUUGGCGGUUUCGGUUAUCCUGCUAUGGCUGUUGUCAACUACAAGAAAAUGAAAUUCUCCGUGCUCAAGGGCUCAUUCUCUAAGGACGGUAUUAAUGAAUUCCUGCGCGAUAUUUCCUAUGGUCGUGGUCACACCGCCCCUGUGCGUGGCGCUAAGAAACCAAAAAUUGUCGCUGUAGCACCGUGGGAUGGUAAAGAUGGCCAAUUGCCUGCUGAAGAGGAAAUUGACUUGUCUGAUGUGGAUUUGGAUGACACAAAGGAUGAACUGUAAAUUGUUCUGAGCUGAGAGGCGCAUACAUUUGUAUGUAUUGUAUUUUGUGAAAAGCCAAAACUAAAUAUAUUAUACUAGGAGCGGAUAAAAUUUAAAACCACCAAAAGCAAAACUUAAAUGAACUUCAGUUUAUGCUCAAAUCUUUUUUUAUACUCUACUUAACUGAUCAUGUGGGCAAGACAGUGUUUUUAAUUGUCAUACCAAUAUAGGAUCCUUAAAAAAACAUGCAAUUGCAUUUACCUACAUAUAUGUAUAUGAUCGAGUGUAAUUAUAUCCUUAUACUUAAUGAGUUAUUAUAGUAGUCAAGUGUUGUAAAAUUCCUCCACGCAACCUAGUUUAGUUUUAUAAUAGAUUUAAAAAUCCCAAAACAUUUAGUUUUAAAACUAUUUAACUUAAAUAUGAGUAUAUAUUUUUAGAGCCAACACAAAACAACUUACAACUGAUAACAGAUUAAUAUUUUUUUUUAUUACGAAUUUCUGAGCUCAAUAUAUGUAUGUACGUAUGUAUAUGAAAAUGAAUAAAGAAAGUAAUAUUUAAACCCA